AUGGUUAGCAUGUUAACAGAGGUGGAAACCUUUACCCUCAACGUCUUCAACUCAUUCUUGCUCUAUAUCUCGGGCUCAAAUUCGCAAUUGAAGCCUAGAGGGUGGUCAGUAGUUUCCCAACUGAUGCACCACAAAAUAGUUGCAUGCAAGGAUGAAGAGAACGACGGAAAUGAAAUUGCUAAGGUGGAUGGUGUCUUGCAAUCUCUUUAUGGUCACAGGAUGAGCAAAUAUGACAACAGCAUGCUUGUUGAACAUGUGCAAGGGCAGUUGAAAAAUUUAGAGUUGUGCAUUCAAGAUCUUGAAGAAGGACUUGAGUGCAUAUACAGAAAGUUGAUCAGGACCAGAGUCUCCUUUAUCAAUGUCGCUAAUCACUAG